GGACUUCGGCAAGAGACGACAGAUACAUUACAGUGAGAUAUAGGCCUGGAUAAAUUGACAGAUUAUUAUGAUUUGACAAUACAGGCCUAGAUAUUAUAGAUUAAAAAGAAUUACAUAGUAUAAUACAAUAAGUAUAUUAUGCAGAUCGAUAUAAAAGAUAGCCUCAGUAUGACAACAGAGUUCUAAUGUCCUCACUAAUUUUCCAAAAUGAUGACCAUGAAUGAAGUCAGGCGUACACAAAAAACACGAACUAUCUCAUAAAUACUUCAAUUUGUUCCAUACUUAAAAUUGUCAAACAUUACACAUAAAAAAAACGUGUUGAAUCCCGACUGAUUAAAGAUAUGCCGACAUUUAUUACGAUGUCCCCAAAUUGUUAUCGUGUCUUAUCAAAACAGAGGGGUUAGGUUGGAACAGCCAAUUUACUUAGGCUUGCUUUGAUUGCACUGUGCGCGAGUCUCCGGUGGUCGUCGUGUUCACCCAAGCUGUGUGACGUUUGCAUGGCAAGAAAUUAUUGUUAAUUUAGCUUCCUGUAGAUUUUCUUGGUAGUUAUAUUACUUAUUCCAAAAGUUUGUAAACAUGCCAAACGAACGGAAUGCUAAUAACAGAACCCCUAAUGGUGCUCAGGCAACAAGUAGUGGGGGAAGUGGUAGCGGUAGUAGUAGCAACAGCAGAAGAAUUGGCCCAACAAAUUCUUCAGAGCGGGAGCAAACUGUUUCUCUGCCAUCAGCUCCUUCAAAAACAACACCAUCCUCGGGAAAAUGGAGUCAGAAAAUGCUAAGUAACAGCGCAAGAAGAAUCCAAAAGGAACUUGCAGAAAUCACACUUGAUCCUCCACCUAACUGCAGUGCCGGGCCAAAGGGAGACAAUAUCUAUGAAUGGGUAUCCACGAUCCUAGGGCCUCCAGGCUCUGUCUAUGAUUCAGGUGUGUUCUUCCUCGAAAUCCACUUCUCACCGGAAUAUCCAUUCAAACCACCAAAGGUGACAUUUCGUACUCGAAUAUACCAUUGUAACAUCAACAGUAGCGGUGCCAUCUGCCUGGAUAUUCUUAAAGACAAUUGGAGUCCUGCCUUGACGAUUUCCAAAGUGCUUUUAUCAAUAUGCUCAUUACUGAGUGAUUGCAAUCCAGAUGAUCCACUUGUUGGCAGUAUAGCAACUCAAUACCUAACUAAUCGUCAAGAACACGACAGAAUUGCUAAAAGCUGGACAAAACGUUUUGCUCAAUGACAUUUUUUUGAGAUAAAACUCUGCGCGAAUAGAAUAUUAAAGAUAAAUAAUAAAGACAUUUUACCAUUUUCCCUUGGAAAAUUAAACUUGCCAAGCAUACAGGAGUGAAAUUAUGAGGGAAAAAUUAUGUAGGAUACAAUUUUAGAAGAGUGCAGAUGUAUGCAAGAUGCGUCGGCACAAACGAUGUUUAGCACGGCAACAAGAGUAUCUUUUUGAAGCAGUAUUGUUCCAUUUGGACCAGCAAAUCAUUGAUAUUACCAUUCUAUUUGUUUUCGGUCUCCAUACCGAGAGUAUUGCAACGUGCGGAAACAGAAGUAUGUUAAAGACACAUCCAUCUUUGUAAUCAUCUCGUGUUUGUAGUCUACAGCGUUCCUUGUUAUCACUUUAGUUAUGUAGGUAUUGCUGGCUUGUUUAAAUAUGUGCUAAUUUCAUAUGUAUAUACAUUUUUGUUGUCUGUUACUUUAUAAGAUAAGCUUGGUUUCCAUACAGUCACAACACGCCAUCGCCAACAGCUUUCGGUGAUGCUGAUUGGUCGGUCGAAUUGGGGUGCCUUCCUGAUUGUGUCAGCAGUAUGAUAACAACACUGAAAACACUGUAGUAACAGUGUAGCGGCAGUGUAGCGAUUGUAUGCAAACCAAGCUUUAAGCCAGUUGCUGAGUUUAAAGAUAAAGAAAUAAUUAGGUAUUAGAUAAAAUAAAAAUGGCCUGAGUAGGAAGUGAGUAACAGUUUGUCUUUCCUUGGUAUAUAUCAAUUAAUCUUAAAUGUUAGGCUGUUUUGAACUUGGAUUAAAACUUAAGCUUUCAGGUUUUAAUGCAAGGAAAUGUGUAAUAUUGAUUUCUAAGAUUAAUUAUAGUAUUGUAAUCUUAUCAUUUGAGCUUACACACAAAUUGAAUUUCUCCAAAAGUUGUUGGCAUUUAAAUCUCAACUAUUAUCAGGAGGUGUAGAGCCUUGUCUAGACUAUAAAAUUUUAUUUGACAAAAAAAAACUGUUGUAUGUCCAUAUAUAGUCAUGAUGUGAUGUCAUCAUGACCAUAUUUAGGCAUGUCACAUGUUUUUGUCAAAUAAAAUGUGAUCAUCUGGACAGGGCUUGGAAUUAUAUGUAAAUUUACGAUUUCUUCAGUUUUUGUUAUUUUCUUUUGUUUAUUAAGGAUUAAUAAAGCAAGAUUAAUUAAAAUGGCUUUUAAAGUAGAUGUGAGAAGCUAAUAUAAUUAUUGUCAUAUUACAGUGCAUUCAUGCCUGUUGAAUUUUAAGCUGCCUUUCCUUAAUAGGCUUUGUAGCUGUGAUGUCAUUACAUUCAUGUAGGGCCUAUUGAAGAAAAUCUGAUAAUAUAUACCGUAACUAAUGGUUCCUUACAAAAUAUUUGAUGAUUAUUGAAAAGACCCACAUAUGGUAUAGCUAUGACCUAAGAUUAUUGUUUAAUCUCUAACAUCCAAAAGAUUAGCAUUAUGAUUCAAGGUUGUCACACACAUGCCAGUCAACUAAGUGAUUGAUUCACAAACUGAAAGACCUAGGAUUAAAAAAGAAAAAACAGUAAUUAUUUAUAUAACAAUUGGGUAUAGAAUGGAAUAUUUUGUGCAAUAUUACAUUCUUACUAAUUUUUCUUUUUAACCUUGUAAUUCAUUAUUUACCAUGAACAACCAGCUUCAUCACAUUGAUGAUAAAUGCUAAACAGUCUCACGGUUUAACUGCUAACACCCUACUGUAUAGCAUAUCUUUUGGAAAUCGUUUCAAGUGGAUGUACAGUAGUUUCCUUUUGUCAGUUAAACGAGAACAUGCAAAUCUACCUCUGUGGUUGGUCAGUAUGGACAGAACGCUCGAUUCUGGCUUUGCUAUGGGUCGGUAUAGAUAUAACACUUGAUCUGUACCAGCCAGUUGCAGAGCAUGUACAAAUAGAACGCUCGAUCUGGGCUUUGCUAUUGGCUAGUCCAGAUACAACACACGCAAUCUUAGCUCUGCUUUUUGCCAGGUAAAGUGAAUUAGGCAAACCCAUCUGUACUAUUGGCUGGUUAAAUUGCAACACACAAAUCUAAGAUACAACACUAAAUUUUGGCUUUGUUAUUGGCUAAAUUGAAGAGAAGCCGGCUUUGCUCUUGGUUAAAUAAAGUUGAAUGUAAAAAAACAUGUUUUCUAUUAAUAGUAUGUGGACAACAAUACUCAAAAUAAGGCUCAAUGAUUGGCCAGUUAAGAUAGCAUAUUCAAACCUGCCUUUGCUAUUGGUGAGUACAGUAGUACUCGGUGUGAUCGGCUUGUAUUAAGAUGUAUGAUGCACUUUAAGAAAUAGGCAUGUUUAAUAUCCAAUGCACCUUGUAUUAUAUAUAGCACAUGCUUUAGCUAAAGCUCCAAGUUAGUCAAAGAGAAGAUAGAAUCAUGCAAGUGAAGCAGUAUUGUCAUGUUUUAUGAAGUUCAAUCAGUUUAAACAGACACCUGCAGUCACUUGCUGCCCAUACAAUACAUUUCAUAUAAAAAAAACGUCUCUAUUGAGUAUGAUUUUGUUAUAAAUUAUGUUUGUAUUUAAUACUAUUAUUAAUAUUUAGCAUAAUUAUUUCUAGUAGAGAAACUACAGUGUCGUAACUACAUCCUUUCUGUGUAUUCUAGAUAAUUUUACGGUCCAAAUUUUAUGGCUAAGUUCAUCCUGUGGGCCAUUCAAUUGAAAUGGUUCCUUUCAUACCUAACAUAGGGUAUUAUUUGUGAUGUGUGUUAACUUAUAAUGCUGUUGAAUGGUUCCUUUUUGUACCAUGUAAAGCGAUACCAUUUAUAAUGUGUGGUUCCUUUGUGUACCAUGUGAUAUGAUACCAUUUCUGAUGAACACAUAAACAGUAAUCAUUUUGUUUUUAACACAUUAAAUAAAUGUUUUGGUAAUUCCAAGGAAGGAAAAAUAUAACCUGCAAUUUUACAGUACAUGAUAUACAUGUUAUGUUGUUCAGUUCAUUUCAGGCCAGUCAGUCACGAAAGUGCUUAAUUUAAAAAUGUAAAUGUUGUUUAUUACUUUUUUAUUUUCACAAGUUUUUAUAUGUUGAGAAUCAAAAUGAGACAGUUAAGUAAUAGAUUAAAAGUCUAAUGGAAUUAUAAUUCAGGAUAAAUAUUACAUUUCCAGAAAUGACAGAAUAAAUCAUUAAUUUAUUACUACUGGUAGUAGAUAUAUCCAUUGGGAUAAACAAUUUAAAGCUGGUGCAAUACCUGAAUGAAAUUCACGAAAUUAGCAUUUAAACCAUAUUAUUAUUUUUCUUGACAAAGGUUGAGAUAAAAUUGGUUAUUUUGCUUGUGAGAUGGAAUCAACAAAGUAGAUUGCACACUUUUUUAUUCAGUUGUAUGGUAGCAGCAUUUUGGAAUGUUAGCCUACAAAAUUGUCACUGCUUAUCUCAACAUGUUUAUUGUUUUUGACAUUACCAUCAAUUUAGCGUAACUUCUUGAUGUAGAGGGCAGUGUAACUUGUGUAAUCGUGCUUCCAUCCAACCUAGCUUUCAUUAAACUGUAUCUUAGUUACAGUCUUUUUAUGUUUAAUAUGAUUCUGUAUUCUACCUUCAUUGCAUUUUAGAUGACAAAUUAAUUUCCUGCUGUUAUAUUGUCAAAUUGUAAGGUACAUACUAUGUACAUUAUAUUAUAAUAUUGGAUGCAUGACAUAGAGGUAGAGCUACAAGCCAUACAGCAUGGAUUCUCAUCACAAAUUUAUUGAUUAUUUUUAACAUGGCAAGAACCAGUGUUGGUUACUAAAGCAACCAAUAUUGGAUAUUCAAAGAAUAAAGCAAAAUAAGUUAUGAA